CGGGUGCCUUGGGCGGCUGAUGCUUUGGGGUUUGUGCUCGGAUCGGCACUGGGCUCCCGGCAGGCCUUUGUAUGGAGUGACAGCAGCAUGGAGUGGUUGGAAGGGACCUUAAGGCUCAUCUCAUUCCACCCCCUGCCAUGGGCAGGAACACCUUCCACGGUCCUAGGUUGCUCCAAGCGCCGUCCAGCCUGGCCUUGGACACUUUCAGGGAUGGGGCAUCUGUUAACAGAUAUUCAACCGUAUAAAUCUUAUGCCAAUGAAGUAAAUGGAAAAUUGCUUCUUCAGGCUUAGUUAAUGCAUAAGCAUUAAUGAAGAUGGAGCCUGUAUCAUCCUGGAAUUAAUGUGCUAUAUAUUCUGUAUUUUUGUGUGUGUGGUGGGAACGAAUUAGCCAGUUUUUAUUAGGUUGUGAGCGUGUGUUUGUACUGGGUUUGUAUGGCCAGGGUUUGGUGGCAGAGGGGCUGCGGAUCUGAGAAGCUGCCAGACACUUCCCCCGUGUCCACAGAGCCAAGAGCGACCUGCCACUGGCCAAGGCUGAGCCCAUCAGUGACCACAGUAACACCUCUGGGAUAGAAUAUUUAAGAGGGGAAAAAAGGUAAUUGUGCAAAAGUAAUUGUGGCUGGAGAAGAGAGAAGCAGCCGUGCAGCCCCCCAGGGCAGUGCAGGAGGGGCAGGAGGUGCUCCAGGCCGGAGCUGAGGUUCUCCUGCAGCCUGUGGGGCAGCCCAUGGUGAGGCAGCUGUGCCCCUGCAACCCAGGGAGGGCCACGGGGGAGCAGAGACCCACCUGCAGCACUGACAGGGCCCUACACUGGAGCAGGGUCGUGGCAGGGACCUGUGGAGAGAAGAGUCUGUGCAGGGACAGAGCUGCUGCCUGUUCUGAAGGACUGCACCCUGUGGAAAGGGACCCACACACUGCUGAGGCAGUUUGUGAAGAACUGUUCCCAUGGGAUGGACUCACGCUGGAGGAGUUGGUGGAGCACUGUUGUGGGAAUGACCCCACGCUGGAGUAAGGGAAGAAGGGAUGAUCCUCUCUAAGGAUGAACCAAUGGCAGAAACAACAUGUGCUGAACUGACUGUAACCUCCAUUUCCCACCUGCACCAUUGGAGGGAAGGAGAAAAUCGUGAGGAGAUGCUGAGUUCAAAAAGCAACAGACUGACAGAAGCUUUGGAAGAAGCCAAUAAACUGUUUGAGAAAGUUUGCCGUGCACGAGAGGCUGCGCUGGAUGCCCAGUUCCUUGUCUUGGCAUCCAAUCUAGGCAAGGAGAAGGCCAAUGAGCUACACUCUGAGAUGACAUCAUUUGAUUCAGCAACAUUUGCGGAAGACUUGCUGACCCUCAUGGGUAUAAAUCGCACGGAAGUAGAAGAAAAUGACCGUGAACCUGGUGGUUUUUUACCUCAUGAUGCCUGGCAGAAAGUGGGAGAAGAAGCACUGAAGUACUUCAGAAGAGCACCUACUUUUCACUAUAUGUUGGGAUCUUUCAAGUCUGAACCUCCUGUAGCAAAGCAACGGAUUGAGAGGCAGAAAAGGGCGUCAAGAGGAGAAGCAAAACAGAUAAUGCCCACUCAGCUAAAAAAAAUGGAGGAGUCUCAUGAGGAAGCUACAGAAAAAGAAGUAGAGAGGAUCUUGGGGAUACUGCAGACUCUUUUUGAAAGUGAUCCUGAUACCCCCAUUUCCUUCUUUGAUUUUGUGAUUGAUCCAAACUCCUUUGCACGCACUGUGGAAAACAUGUUUCACGUGUCCUUCCUCAUCAGGGAUGGUCUUGCAGAAAUAAGGCUGGACGAUGAUAAACUGCCAAUAAUAGAGCCUACAAAAUCCAGGAAGGUAGGGGAGAUUAACCGGGGACCUGGAGCACGGAAACAGCUUGUCAUGUCUCUGACCCAGGAAGAAUGGAAGGAGAUCAUAGAAGCGUUUGAAAUAACAGAAGCCAUGAUAAGCCCUCCUUUUCAGAGCACUGAAGAGGAAAUGGAGACAAAAUAAUUUUUCAAGUGCCUUAAAGAAAAUACUUCAGAAUGUUUUCCUCAGAAAAUUGUUUUAUAUGUAUAUAUUGUAAAAUAAAUUUUAUUCUUAUUGGGACAUCUCAA